AGAAAGAGCAGCGGUACUGUAACAGUAUCUGGACAAGCAACAUCAUCUUAGAGUAUUUUUCCUGAUGCAUGCAAAUGGUUUUGAAUUCAAAUCAUGCAUCUUACAUUGUUUUUUCUUCAGUUUUUGGUUUGUGGAAUUUUAUUGUCUUGGUAAUUUACCAACUUCUUGUUUUCUAAAAUCUUCAAUAACUUUGAUUACCAAGGAAAGCAGCGUACCCUCCAGUGCCUGGGGUAGGAAUCAUGUAUUUGAACAACAGGAAUAAUGCCAUCAACACAGAAAGGAGUAAAAAGAACAUAAGAGGAAAAGCAUGGGGCCACAUGAAGACAGCUUCAUGUCAGGAGGAGAUCAUCAACCGGAUGUCCCCAAAGUUGGGGAGAAAGCUGGAGACAAAGGAGAACAUGACGGAGGAGCAGGAGUCGAUGCAGCGCACGGCCUUAGGGAAGGCCCUCCAUGAUCAGACCCAUUCAGAGAGAGUGAUGAAUGAUCUGAUUUUUGGACGACGGGUGGGGCUUUACGAGCUGAGAGGGGAAAUCGGCUCUGGCAACUUCUCCCAGGUUAGACUGGGAAUACAUGACCUGACCAAAGAGAGAGUGGCAGUAAAAAUCCUGGAUAAAGUGCGUCUAGACAAGCACUCGCACAGGCUUUUUGCCUCUGAAAUCUCUUGCAUGGAGAAGGUGGCUCACCCCAACAUAGUGCGGCUGUAUGAGGUGGUGGAGACGUUCAAGCGUCUCUAUCUGGUGAUGGAGUACGCCAGUGGGGGAGAGCUGUUCUCCCGUAUCAGCACCAGGGGGCGCCUGUCAGACCUGGAGGGCAAGCUUGUGUUCUCUCAGAUCCUGUCUGCAGUCAAACAUAUGCAUGAUAACAAUAUUGUCCACAGGGACCUGAAGGCAGAGAAUGUUUUCUACACCAGCACUUACUGUAUUAAAGUGGGCGACUUUGGUUUUAGCACAUUCUGCUGCCCCAGCGAUGUCCUUCACACAUUCUGCGGCUCUCCACCUUACGCUGCCCCUGAGCUGUUCAAAGAGAAAGGUUACAUUGGUCACUAUGCAGAUAUUUGGGCGCUGGGUAUCUUGCUUUACUUCAUGGUGACUGCCACCAUGCCAUUCAAAGCUACUAACACAGGAAGGCUCAGACGUUGUAUCCUGCAGGGCUCUUAUACCAUCCCCUCCUUUGUACCUAAAUCAUGCCAGGAGAUCAUUAAGGGCCUCUUGAGGUCUGUGCCUGUUGAUCGCCUCACUAUGGCACAGAUCAUGUCCAGCGAGUGGAUGAGAGGCAUUGAGUAUCCCCAGGCCUACCCCUCUUACAGCCCUACACCCUCCCAUCUGGUUGAGACCAACUACAUCCUCAGCUCAGAUGAACUAAAUGUCAAAGCUGCUCUGGAGGAUCUCGGCAUCACCAGGGUCCAUCUCCUCAACAGCCUAGACUUAAGAAGCCCCGUUACCGGGACAUACCGGAUUUUGCUACAUCGCAUCCAAAAGAGGAGAUCUGUGGAAGCUGUGGGCUACAACCAGUUAUGCACCAAAGAGUCCCAGAAUAGACUCAGAUGGACAGGGGGCUCAGACGGGCAGCUAAAUAAGCGUCACUCUGUUGUCUGUAUCGUCAUGUAGUUUGGUUUCUUCAAAGAAUAGUUCACCAUUUUGAAACAUAUUCUUAUUUACCUAAUUCCAAAGUGUUUGAUGAGAAGAUUGUUACCACCCUCAUAUGUGUGUGUUAAGCAUGGAGCUGGAGCCCGGAGGUUUAGCUUGGUCCUUUCUUGUUAUCACUGUAGGGUGAUAACAAGGACCAAGCUAGACAAUGAGUCAACGAGUUGAGACAUUACACAGAAAUAUGCAUAAACUGUGGCUCAUCAAGAAAUAGUUAAGCAAACCAAAUACAACAUGUUAAUUAGUGAAUUCUGCUCAUAGCUAUUUUUGAACUUUGGAGUGAGCUGGG